AUUCGGACGCUCCAGAGUGAGUCAACCUCGUUUGGGUGCGGACGCUUUUCGAUUCAGUUCAAACGUCGGAGUACUAGAAGUUCAUCUGCGUAAGCUCUGGUUCCGAAAGUGCUGUGUUCCGUUCUGAGCUGACAGCCUGUGCUGUCCUUGUUCUUGCCUUGUUCACAUUUCGUACGUGUCCUCCUCCGCUUGCACUUUCGUCGGACGCGCAUCCACAGGGUGAAUACCGCAGUCGAGGCGGAAACGCACUCCAAGAAGUCUCAAGCUCCAGUUGUUUGGCGGGUGUUGCGUUCCCAGCCUGCCUGGCUGAGCGGUUUAUCCGAUACUGGCUGUCGCGCUGUCCUCCGACAGUCUACAACAGCAGAAGCUGCAGCAGCGGACAUACUAGUAAUACAGCGAACAGAAGGACUAGCCCACCUACAACUAAGCAGUCGCGUCCUCGUUUCAAGUCAAGUUGAACCUGUGUAGUUUGUACCAAGAUAGAAUCAGUUUGUGGGUGAACACGAGCAGCAAAGAUGAGCCGAGCGGUAGCAUCUAACUCAGAGAGUGACAGUGAGUCUGACUCUGGUUGCGGCGGCAGCACUGGCAGCAGCACUCCAUCGCUUGGUAUUGUGCCGCUCAGCAGCGACAAGGGCGUGGGAACUGGCUGCCCACCGUGCCUGUUCCGCAAGCCAGCGGACAUCAGUGCUGUGCAGAAUGGUGCUUCGGCUGGAUUUGAUCUCAGCAGUGUGGAGCUGGUCUGGUCGGAACAACCAAGUGAGUACCAUCGAGCCAGAUACCCUAAAGAACUAUCAAAGCGUGGCAACUGCCGAGGUGCCAUUGAAGGCCGAGAGCGAGGUGUGCCCACCAUACAGCUACGUGGUCUCCUUGAGCAAGCACAGUGCCCUCCUGAGAUUGACCUAGUGGUGUAUGUGUGCCUGCCGGAUGGUCGUCGUCACCCUUUCUUCUAUUGCUUGACGGCUGGCCGAGAUGCUCCAGCGUCAUGCCAGGCGGUGCAGUUGGACGACAAGACGCAUGCUCUGCGUUUGAAGGUCCGUGCCGAGGACAACUUUGUGUGCCCACUGAAGCAUGUUGGAAUCGUGCGCCUUCGCCAAGAGUUGCUUGACACUGAAAAACUAGGAAUCACUGCGGAGCAAGGAAGCAGCUUGUUAGACGAGUCUUCAAGCUGCAGCAAGCCACCACGCGGUCCUGUAAGCCGUGGAAAACAUAACAAAGCCAAGCCCGAGAUCUCGCCAAGCCACAACAAUUACUUUCGGCUGUGUGUCGUUGCAAAUAUUGAGAAUGGCGAUGGAUCUUACUUGGUCUCAAUGUCAGAAUCCAUCAAAUGCGUGAGCUCAACGCAGUUGGUGCAGAAUCCACACGUCACUCAAAUCUUGUCUGCCAGCCAGUCACUGAUCAUCGAGGACACGGAUGCUGCCAAGAAGCCCCAGUCGCAGCCAGAGCUGUAUGUGUUCGGCAAGGACUUUGCGUCGAAUACGCGGUUCCGUGUCUUCCAACGCCUACCUGAUGGUCAGGUAUGGAAGUCAAUGCUAGCAGCUAAGGAUUUCAGCUGGCUCUGUGGCCAUCACUGUUGUGUGAAGUUGACAAUGCCAACACCACCACCGCAGCUGAUUGGCAGUGAGGUGUUGAUGGAUGCCGUGAUCCACACAGAAAAGUCUCCCUGUUCCGAUGCGCCACUAAACUGGAAGGACGCCACCCGCUUCAACUACCCAUCAGGUCCCUGGACUCGCUCGUUUUCCGACUCGGAAUUGUUCACCGAGGUAUUGAAUGUGCCGAAAGCAAAGACCGUCCCUAAAGCAAAGCAUGUCCCUAAAACAAGCAACGCCUAUCCUUACACCAAGCCGGUGAAGCGAACCCGAGAUGUCGCCAAUGGUGAUGACGGCCGCAUGCCCGAUGGUGAUGAGAAACGAGUCAAAUCAUCGAACCCAGCUAGCCGCCCACAGAAGGCAUCAGAGACAAACGGCGCAGCUGCAGCCAAAGGCCCCAAGAACCCGGGCAGUGGAAAGAAGCAGCAGCAGCAGCAGCCACAGCCUCGCCAGACCAACAGCAUUCUGGACGGCAUGCAAGAUCAAUCUCUAGUCCGAGCCUGGCAGGUUCUGCAGGAAAAGGUUGAGAAUGCCACACAGUUGACAGUGGGCGGUCAAACUGCUCUGCCAGAUUGUAGCAACGCUACUAUGGGUACUGCUGCUGCUGCUGCUGUUGCCUCUGUCACAGCCAGCAGUACUAACAGCUCUCGUGCCUUUGACAUUGACAACCUGUGCAAUUGGAGCACAGCCACAAGUUGUUCCAGUCUUGAUAACAUGCCUGCUACAUCGCUUCCAAUUCUAGAUGCAAGUGCCAACCAGCUCAUCCUGCAACAGCAGCAGCGGCAGCAGCAGUUGCUACAGGCUGUCUUCGAUGAGCGCCUGCAGCAAUUCCAAGGCCUGAGAGAGUCCAGCUAUGAUGCCAAGCAGGGAGUUCCCUUCUCCAGUAUAGACAUGUUUGAGCUGCCCUCUCCCACAUCAGCUUCCAUGACUUCAUCAUCCUCCUGUCCACAGUCUCCAGAGAGUUUGCUCUGUAGCAUGGACUCAGGCGUUCCGUCGUUGGAUUUCACUGGCUCAUCAGUAUCCAUUGCGGACAGCUUGUGUGCAGCGUUCUCACCGCUGUCCAAUGCCAGCUUUGACACCGGAUCAUCUUCACCGCCCCUCGCCACUGCUGCACACCCAGCAGCAGUCUCAGCUCAACAGCCGCCGCCGGAUCUGCCAUUGUUUUGCAGCAUGGACAAACUGCCCGGCUUCGCCAUGGUUUCAGCCGACUUUGGACCAUCCAGCGUGAGUGACCUGAUGAACAUUCCGUUCUCAGCCUUUCCUCAAUCGACAACGGGAAGGAACCUUGUUGACCAAUUUGUCUCUCUAGACGGCGGCCUGUGCAACCGCAGCAGCAGCCUGCGUCAACAGCAGCAUGCUGCAGCAGCAUACAUCAACACUUCAAACCAGGGCACUGCGGCUUCUGCCAGCAGUGUCUUCUAAACCCAACCGGCAGCUAAAUAAUGUUACGUUAGACUUGCAGUAGUUGAAUGAUGAUCGGACAUGCAAUUGACAGAAGUAACCGACUUCUAGCUUAGCUGUAGAGUAAUAUUUCCCCAUGCAUCUAAUUUGAAACCCCCCAGGUGGCCAUGCUUUCCAGCAUAGGUCACCACUUCUGGCUUUUGUAAAGCUUCACUCUCUUUGUUGACAUGCCUCGAUCAAUGGGGUGCCUGCUUUGACAGGUGGUUAACUGUGUCAGUUAUGAUCAAGUUCGACCUCUAUUGGUUACUUACUGUUAAAAAAUAGAUAAUUUCCCGGUUCUGUAAAGUGAGCUAGUUAAGCAGCAAGCUUUAUACUUUGUACAUUGUAUCAUUAGCAGCAACAAUAGUGUAAUAAUGAGAGAUAGUGCAAGUGUAGGCUGACAGAGCGCAAUGCAUUGUAUCAGCUGUUCGAUUAUGAUGAGCAGCUCAAUCCGACUGCUGAAGUCGUGGCCAUACCUGCAGAUAUCUCUUUCUGUUCAUUUGGUUAGCAGAAAGCUGAUUCACAUAUACAUAAAUAAUACGACCGCACAUUUAGAUGCUGGUUAGCAUAACGUUACAUGCCUGUGUUUGGUAAUUGUUGUCUUGCAUCGAAUUGCUUCAUUUUUCUUUCUCAAGCUCUUGCAUUAAUGGUUUCAUUUCUGCUUCCAUGAUAUUCCUGUACAUCAUCAUGUAUUAGAAAUACUGGGUACACAAUGACACUAAGCUAUAAGCAGUACUCCGCUUGCCUUUGUAUCAUCUACACUUGCAGUCGCAUUACGCUACCCAGUGCUAAGUCUGCUGAUGAGCGGAUGCUCAGCGCUUACACGGUGUAGAUGCAGAACGGUUAGCAUGAACUGACAGUCUGUGAACUAGAUCAGUGUAAUUAUGUACUGCACUACUCCGCAUUAUUCCAUUACCCCUUUAUCAUCAUACUCAUCAUCAUCAUCAUCAUAGUUACCAUUAGCAAUCAUCUUCUCCCCGCCUGUUGA